UUCAGAGAUGCAAUUUCGAUUCCUGACCCCGUUGACUGUUCAAGCCUAGUUCCAGCAAGCAGGCAUGAACAAGGGGGACAGUUUGCGAAUGAACUACACCGAUUGAGAAUGAACUACACCGAUGAUAGGCUACAAAGUUGUUGUGCAGAAUCCAAUUGGAGCCGCGCCUGUGCUUUACCACGGGAUGGUGUGCAGAUGUCUCUUGGAACUCCCUCACUGUGCUUUGGACCUCAUCAUGGACCAGUUGAACGCGCCGGAGUUUUUCAUUGUUAGACAGGCAAGCAGAUCAGUGACGAAAAAUUGCGUGCUAUCGACUCAAAGCUGCCGUAGCUCUUCAGGGGCUGUGCCGAGACCUCGCUGCUUUGUGGCGAGCUUACAGUCGCCAGAGGUUGUGGAGAGAUUGAGGCAGAUGCACCUACCAAGCUUGAAGGUGAUUGUCUUGAAAGCUCCGAUCCGCAUGCUUGUCGAGACAGUGCACUUCUUGUGCUCGAAGAUGGAAGAGUUCAAAAACCUCGAAGUGCUGCACUUGGCUGCUCCAGUGCGCCACCACUUGGGGGACACGGGCGUGCGUAUGUUGGCAACGGCCCUUAGAAGCUGGCCAGUGCUGCGGGAGCUUGGGCUGCCUGGCCUCAAUGUCACGCGCUGGGCCAGUGCAGCUCUUGGCAAAGCGGUGGCCGCAUCGCCAUGCCUCAGAUCUUUGGAUCUAAGCAGUUCACUUUUGACGUCGAUUGGGUGGACCCAUCUCAUUUGCCAGGCAGAGCACCUGGGAGGCUUUGGAGGUGACCGAAGAGUGAAACUUGUGAUUGCUUCGGAUGAUCCAGUGCACGCUUUGAGGGGCUUGGUGCGCUCAUCGCCCACUUUCAAGGAGGUAAACGUGGCCAAAGUGAAGGUAGAAAGUGCUCUCCGCUGUGAGUGCUUGCAAAGGUGCCAGAGCACUCCAUCUGUGUCAACUAGCGACCACUUGGUGUCUUCUUGGCUGGUGUCAAGCGCUGCCGCUGUGCUUCGUGUGGCCACGCCCUGCAAAACCAGCCGUCCAUUUUGUGCCAAAGUGCCCAGGAGGGCCUUUCGCAGUGGCACUUGGCCAAUUUGGCGGAGACUGCAUCAAAGGCAGGCACGGUCACGACAGUUGGUUCAAGGUCUUCAAUGACAGAUUUCAGUGUGACAAAUGACCGGUGACAAGAUUGGGGGUAAAAUCCUGCCAAAUGAAGCUUAGGGAUCGGCUGGCUGUUCUUUCAUUCCACUGAUGGCACGCAGACCCAGCCGAAUUUACGACCGCCGAUCCCUC